AUGGCGUACUUGCCUAGAAACCUCCAACCAGAUGAUGCAAAUCCCCCAUGGAUGAACAAAGCUGAUAACGCUUGGCAAUUGACUUCAGCCACUCUCGUUGGCCUUCAAAGUGUUCCAGGUCUUGUCAUCCUUUAUGGUAGCAUCGUCAAGAAGAAAUGGGCUCUCAACUCGGCUCUGAUGGCCCUUUACGCUUUUGCAGCAGUCCUUGUUUGUUGGGUUGGCUGGGGAUAUCAAUUAGCCUUUGGUGACACAUUAGUUCCAUUUCUUGGAAAACCAGAUAUUCAUGCCUUGGACCAGAAGUUCCUAAUGAGUCAAGCAUUUUUCGGCAAGUAUCCAAAUGCUUCCAUGGUUUAUUUUCAGUUUGUGUUUGCGGCCAUCACUUUGAUUCUAAUAGCUGGUGCCUUGCUUGGGAGGAUGAAUUUUAUUGCAUGGAUGUUGUUCGUUCCUCUUUGGCUUACUUUUUCUUAUACAGUUGGUGCUUUUAGUAUUUGGUGCCCUCAAGGUUGGUUGUUCCGAAUGGGAGUUAUUGACUAUUCCGGAGGUUUUGUUAUUCACCUUUCUUCUGGUGUUGCUGGUUUCACUGCAGCUUAUUGGGUCGGACCAAGGGCGCCAAGAGACAGGGAGAGGUUCCCACCAAAUAACAUAUUGUUAAUGUUGGCUGGUGCUGGCAUUCUAUGGAUGGGAUGGACAGGAUUCAAUGGCGGCGAUCCAUAUGUUGCUAGUCUUGAUGCAUCCUUAGCCUCCUGAANUGUGCUUAACACGCAUGUAUGCGCUGCUGCGAGUUUGCUCACUUGGCUAAUGUUAGACAUUCUCUUCUAUGAAAAGCCUUCUGUCAUUGGUGCUACCCAAGGGAUGAUCACUGGCUUAGUUUGCAUUACUCCUGCAGCAGGGGUGGUGCAAGGUUGGGCAGCAAUACUAAUGGGGUUAAUGUCCGGAUGCAUUCCAUGGUUCAGUAUGAUGUUCCUCCACAAGAAAAUGUGGUUACUAAAACAAGUAGACGACACCAUGGCAGUGUUCCACACACACGCGGUAGCAGGAACCUUAGGCGCGAUUCUAGCAGGUGUAUUGGCAAAUCCAAGACUCAGUCGCAUCUUCUACAUGGUUGAUGAUUGGCCAAAGUAUAUAGGCUUUGCUUAUGGCAUUCAAAAUGGGAGGUCGCGUGCAGGGCUCAGGCAAUUAUGGGUACAAUUAAUAGGCAUUGGAUUUGUUUUCGUUUGGAAUGUGAUUAGCACUAGUGUGAUUUGCUUAUUAAUUAGGAUGGUGGUUCCUCUGAGGAUGACAGAAGAAGAGGUAAGUGAAGGAGAUAAUGCAGUACAUGGAGAGGAGGCCUAUGCACUGUGGGGUGAUGGGGAGAAAUUUGACAACUCAAGGCUUCAGUUAGUUCAUGAAAUUGAAGAACCUCCCUUGUCUAAAAGUGGCUAUGGACUUUGAUUGGAUAGUCUGUUGCUAAUGUUAUUACAGCAUGUUAAAAUAUUUGUCAAGUUAAAUAAUUCUC